AUGGGUUCUGUGCAAGGUUUCAGCAAGAUCCCGACGCUCACGCCCCUGGAGCGCAUCGGCCCCAAGGGCUACCUCCGCUACGUCUUCCCCUUCCAGCUCUCAGAGGACUAUGACAUCAGCAAAGUCGCCAGUGUCCUCAAGGCCGGGUACGAUGCCGCCAAGCAGCGGAUUUCAGUGCUGGCAUGUGAGGCCGUGCCGGAUGCCGACUCGAAGCAGGCCGGCGUGUUGAAGCUGCAGAGACUGAACGACGGAGAGAUCGAAGACAUCGUCGUCAAGGAUUUGCGAGCGCACGCCGCCUUUCCACUGACUUAUGCGGAGCUCAAGUCGAAGGCCUUCCCGGUGUCUGCGUUCGACGCCGAAACGCUGUGUCGCCGCUCUGUUUGGCCAUCGCCCGGCGAGCGGCUGCCCGUCUCUCUGGUGCAGGCCAAUUUCAUCCACGGCGGCCUGAUUCUGACGUGGUGCAUCUUCCACAUGGUUGGUGACGGCACGACGUUCUACACCUGGACCAAGGUAUGGGCAGAAGAGUGCCGUCGUGCACAGGGUCUGGAAAUCUCAGAGCCCGUUGAGCUUGCCGAAGCUAUUUUUAGUGACAGAGAACGCCUGAUGAAGCCCUCGGGUCGCAACCCUGGAUCGCUGAAGGACCACCCUGAGUACACGCUCCUGCCCUUCACGCCGCCGGGGGCGCCGCCCAAGAUGCUGUCCCCGAACCAUCGCGGACAGGUCUUCUACUUCUCCCCUGCUGCCCUGGCCUCGCUGAAGGCUGAGGCUUCGCCGGCCAACGCGACCGAGCCGUCUGAUCAGGCUUGGAUCUCCACCAACGACGCCCUCUCGGCGCUGCUCUGGCGCACAGUCAUGGCGGUGCAGUCGCCACUCGACUCGCUCGAGGGCGAUCCGGUGUCCGUCUUCAACAUCGCCAUUGACGGACGCAAGCGUACCGAUCCGCCCGUGCACCCCAACACCCUGGGCUGCUUCCUCGAGUACGUCGCCGUCUCGGCUCCCAUCCGCAAGAUACUCGGCUCGGCCAGCCUGGCCGACCUGGCCAUUCUGAUCCGCAAGGCGCUCCAGCGCGCUGACGGCCAGUUCACCGACGAUGUGACGGCCCUCAUCGAGAAGCUCGAAGACGUGAAUCGGCUUGUUCCGACGGCUUUUCUGGAUGUCCCCGGUCUCAACUGCGUGCAGACCUCGUGGGUCAACUUUGAGUUGUAUUCUUUGGAUUGGGGAUCCCUGCUGGGCGGCAAGAUUGACGCCGUGCGAGCGCCCCAUGUUGGCGUCAUCAACGGCUUACAGGUUGUUCUCCCAGUGCUGCCGGACGGUGGCAUCGAGGUUCUGGUCGGUGUAGAGGCGAGUUGCUUGGACAGGUUGCUGCAUGAGCCGCUGUGGACGAAGUUUGCCGAGGCGAGGUAG